UGUCAAUUAUAUAUAGAAAAUACACCAGCAGUACGCCCCAAUUCUCUUGAUUCUUAGUUUGGCUUUUUCUGAGGAGGGUGAGGAGAGGUCUGAGGAGUCUUUAUUUAAUAUUUUUUUCUAAACGUUACUAAUAUAUUUUUCUUCGAAAGAAAUUAAAUUUUAUUUCUUGAAUUUCUCCUUGUACUAGUCCCACAAAUGGUGAUGUAUUGGUUUCAUAUAUAUUCAUGAUGUCCUCCAAAAACAAAUUAAAUCUUACAUUGCCUCCCGGUGCUAUUGAUCAGACUCCAAACUUAACACCAACAUCAAACUAUGAAGAACCUAACCCACCUGCUCCAGUUCCAAAUGUUGUCAAAAAUGAUAUAGAUCAUAUAACUGCUCGUCUAGAAGAACUUGAAAUGGAUGACAUUCAAAGAAGACGAAUUGAGGUUUUUCUUUGUCAAAAAGAAAAAAUUUCAGGAGAGUUGUCUGAUGAUGAUUUUGAAAAGCUUGGAGAAUUGGGCGCUGGAAAUGGUGGUGUUGUCAACAAAGUGAGGCACAAAUCAAGUGGUCUUAUUAUGGCAAGAAAAUUGAUUCACUUAGAAGUAAAGCCAGCUAUAAAGAAGCAAAUUAUUAGAGAAUUAAAGAUUCUCCAUGAUUGCAACUUUGCACAUAUUGUUGGCUUUUACGGAGCAUUUUACAGUGAUGGAGAAAUUAGUAUAUGUAUAGAAUAUAUGGAUGCAGGAUCUUUGGAUCUUAUUUUAAAAAAAGCUGGAAGAAUUCCUGAGCAUAUUUUAGGGAAAAUCACUUCAGCUGUACUAAAAGGACUUAGCUAUUUAAGAGAUAAGCAUGCCAUUAUGCAUAGGGAUGUGAAACCGAGUAAUAUAUUGGUUAAUAGCAGUGGAGAGAUAAAAAUUUGUGAUUUUGGUGUUUCUGGCCAACUUAUUGAUUCUAUGGCCAAUUCAUUUGUCGGGACCAGAAGUUAUAUGUCUCCCGAACGACUACAAGGAACUCAUUAUUCUGUCCAAAGUGAUAUUUACUCAUUAGGACUAUCAUUAGUGGAAAUGGCAAUCGGCAUGUAUCCAAUACCCCCUCCAGAUGCAAAAACGUUGGCUGCUAUAUUUGGUAAAACCAAAGAUGGCGAAUCACCCGAUGAUAAUUCGCGACAACCCAGGCCAAUGGCAAUAUUUGAACUUUUAGAUUAUAUAGUAAAUGAGCCACCUCCAAAACUUCCAUCAGGAAUUUUCUCUACAGAAUUUGAGGAUUUUGUUGAUCGAUGUUUGAGAAAGAACCCUGAUGAAAGAGCUGAUUUGAAAACGUUAUCGAAUCAUCCAUGGAUUAAGAAAUGGGAUUCAGAAGAUGUGGAUGUGGCAGAUUGGGUUUGCAAGACAAUGGACAUUAAGCCACCCAAUAAAUCUUAAAUACAAAAAAAGUGGUGAAAAUAUUUAAGAAAUAAUAUCAAUUUUAGGAUAGUGUAUAUGUAAAAGGCAUGUAUAUACACAUGCUCUGAUUUCAUACAUAUAUAGUCUAUGCUAUAUAUUCAAUAUUGAUUUAGUCUUAAAUUAUAAAUUGUAAUAACAUAGUUGUAACUUGUAAUUCCAUAUUUGCUAAUUAUUUGUAAUCAUAUUUAUUAUUAUAAAUCUCAGUGAUCUAAA